GCGCAUGGAGGCGGCGGCGGCCCCGGCCCCGGGCGGCGGCCCCGGUACCCUGCUGCUCUGCCUGGCCCUCGCCUCCGGCUUGGCGCUCUUCAGCUGCGUGGGCGCCGACACCAACGUCACGGCCGGGCACGGCGCGGAGGGGCUCAGCUGCGGCACAGCCAAGGGAUGCACAGGGAACGGCACGCAGCCGCGGCGGCAGAGCCACUUCUCGCGGUGCCCGGAGGAGUACCAGCACUACUGUGUCAAGGGCCGGUGCCGCUUCCUCGUGGCCGAGCAGGCGCCCGCUUGUGUGUGCGAGCGGGGCUACACCGGGGCUCGCUGCGAGAGGGUGGAUCUGUUCUACCUGCGAGGGGACCACGGCCAGAUCGUCAUCAUCUCCCUGAUCGUCCUCAUCGUCGCCCUCAUCAUCCUCGUCGUCGGCAUCUGCCUCUGCAGCCACCACUGUCGGAGGCAGCGUAGGAAGAGGAAGGCAGAAGAGAUGGAAACGUUGAACAAGGACGGACCUUCCAGAAGUGAAGAUGUGCGGGAAACGGGCAUCGCGUGAAGGUGCCGGGGAGCGGGGGCGUGACCGAGCCGGUGUGACCGGAGCCCCGCACUGGGGUCUGUGCCGAGGCCGACGGGCUCCGCUCUCUCCGCAGGAGCUCCCGGUACCUGCGGGCGGGUCCCGGACGGCACCAGCGGCUGGCUGCAUGGGCGAGGGCUAAAGCGUGCGGCGGCUUGAAUAAAGGGGUGACGGAAAGGUG